AGCUCUCGCCAAAUCCAAAUCAUGUCAGACCUGCACCUCGAGCACGGGCAACAGUACGCAACGUUUGAUUUCCCCGUCACAGCACCAUGGCUUGUGCUUGCCGGAGACAUCGGCCGCCUGGUCGACUACGACAAGUACCACGAAUUUCUUCGGCGGCAGGUUGACCGCUACGACCGCGUAUUCCUGGUCCUCGGAAACCACGAGUUUCACGGGCUCACAUACGAGGAGGGAGUCGAAAGGGCUCUGGAGCUGUCACGAGAGCCAUCUCUUGCGUCCAAGUUGACGCUACUUCAUCGGAGGACCUGGCAGGAUGGCGAUGAUGGCGGCCCUAGCCAGGUGGUGGUCAUGGGCUGUACUCUGUGGUCUUGCAUCCCUGCUUCAGCGAAGCAGAUUGUCGAGUCCAAGACCAGUGACUUUAGGAACAUCAAGGCAUGGUCCGUAGAGAAGCACAACGAGAUACACGCCCAAGAAGCUGCGUGGCUCCAUGACAAGCUUCUGCAUCAUUCCAGUAGCAUCAGUAAUAACACAACACCAGCCGAGCCUAAUGGGAGGAAGAAGAAUCGAAGGAACAUAAUAGUUGUGACGCACCACGCCCCGAGCGCGGACGGGACGUCUUCGCCGGCAUAUGCUAGCAACCCUUGGACGUUCGCAUUCGCAACAGACGUGCUGCCCAGUCUGGAUCUAGAGGUAGUCAAGGCGUGGGUUUUUGGGCAUACACACUACACGACCGAUUUCUUCUGGAAUUCGGUUCAGGUGGUCGCAAAUCAGCGAGGCUAUGUCCUCCCUGGGAGCAAA